AUGGUGCGAUUAAGCAAACGUAUUAUUUUACUUGCCUGUUUUCUUUUGGUAACGUCGCGGGUUGGAGCGUCAGUAAUAAACGAUGGCUUAGAAGAACAUUUAAAAGAUGUAGCUCACAAUGAAGCGGCAGAGGUUAUUAAAUUGGAAAAACAAAAAGGCGAUAAGGACCACCACAUCGAAAGUAUUAUCAACGAUAAUCAUUCCAAUGAACAUUCAAAAACAACUGACGAUCUCAAGUAUGUGAAAAAGGAUCAUGAGACAAAAGCGGCCUCAGAAAACGAUGAAUAUGGCGGAUCAAACGUCAAACAGGACAAACAAGAGGACAGUCACACAGAUGGGUAUAAACGUGGACACAAAAAGGGACACCAUAAGCAGGGAUUUCAAAAUUCUUAUCACAAGGACGAGUCUUCAAACAAAAGCACUUAUUUCGAUGAUUUUAACGAUGAAGGUGAUCAAGCUGCUUAUAAAAGUAAGCUGAACAGUUACGAUAAUCGUGACGGACGGAAUUAUAAAGGCUCGCAUAACAAUGGCCACGAAUACCUUCGAGACCAUUACCGUGGUGGGGGACAUAAUCGAUACGGAGACGUCGGCAACAAGAGGAGGGCCUAUCAGGAUCACGGUAAGAAUCAUUACCUGAACGAUUUGGAGAAUUAUAACAAAUACAGAAAUGGCCACAAUACAUACGAUAGAGGCAACGUAUAUAAUCGCCAUGAGUAUAAACCGCACGUUCCUCAUCACGAUCCGAGCUGGGAUUGGCAACAAUGGAACGAUCGAAGGGCCCAACCUGGUUGGGAAGAACGUCCAGACUGGGACAGACGUUCAUGGGGCACAGACUACAGCGGACCUGGAUAUUACGACCAUGGUAUACGACACGAUUCAUACGGACCUAAUACCGGCUAUGGUUAUAGAUACGGUGAGUCCCAAAACAAACCUGUAGCCGAAAUCCCUGUGAACAUCCCCCAAGAGCCUUCAGCUGAAGUUCCUGCAAACGCCCCUAUCGUAGCGCGGCGGAAGCAAACAAUCACAAUCUAUGAAGACCCAAGGUAUAGUGGCAAAGAUGGCGGCCAGUUGAGAAGAGAAGAGGGAGAUUACAUACAAUUAGAUAUUAAGCCGAGCACUCGACAAUACUCAAGUUAUGAUGAUACAUAUUAUAAUCUACCUGUUAGAGAUGCUGAAGCUAGUUCGAUUAAUCGGCUUGUGUACAAUUAUAGGCGAACAUAA